CUGCACACUGCGGCCUUCUGCGGCCACGUAACCAUUGUUAGGAUCCUUCUCAGCGAGGGCGCUAGCCCCAGUGUUCAAGGAGGCAUCUAUCGAUUCGCACUUACGGCAGCGGCGGCUGGCGGCCGGGUGCGCGUCAUGAACAUCCUCCUCGACAAUGGUGCGGUGCUCAAUGCGCGCGACCAGGAGAACGAGACUGCCCUGCAUGGUGCAGUCUUUGGUGGCUCGUUCGAGGCUGUCAAGUUUCUUAUUGAGAGAGGCAUCGAAGUGAACCCUCCCGCCCCUGUUGAUCUCAACCGAGUCUGCGACGACGACGAAUAUGGGCUCCCGCUCAACGCGGCCGCUGCGGGCGGCCACAUAGCCGUCAUGACGGCGCUGCUCGAAAACGGGGCCGACAUGUCCCGGCGCGGGGGCACAUACCGCGCGACUCCACUGCAACUGGCGGCGGAAAGGGGGCACCUGGGCGCGAUGAAGCUCCUGCUUAGAUAUGGUGCGGACGUCAACGCCCCUCCGGGUCGGUUUGGGUCUGCGCUGCAUGCGGCGGCAUCAAAUAGCUACGAU